AUGCACACCCAAGGCCAUGGGCUGGCAACUAGUCAGCCUCUGUAUCAGCCACAGGCGCUGUCGGCGUCUCCAACUGCGGCGGGCGAGACGCCAGUAAUGCUGCCUCUCCAAGCCACCCCAACUCGACCUGCUACUAAUCUCGCCUCGCGCACUGGUGCUCGUCUCUCCAAAGGCGAAGAGCAACGCAUCGAAGAAGGUCGAUUGCCCCCUGUCAUGGAGCACGAAGAGAUGCCUGCGAUGCAUCGUGGCAGCGCAGCGUCGUCGUCUGGUUCCUCGGAUGAGGAUCUUAGCAACACCGCCGCCUCCUCCUCCACAGUCUAUGGGUAUCCGCCCUCCACCUACGAUGCUUCCGAUAACGCGGGAAAUUUUACGACUACUCCUACCUCCUCUGUCUCAGCCUAUACUCCCUCGAGUGGCUUCUCGAGUCUAUCGUCGUGGAAUUCAUAUGGAACCCGGCCUCGCGGAGGCAGCGGCUCACUCAACGCGGCCAGCAUGGACAGGACCUUUUCCGCCGUCGAUCCACAAACUGCGGCCGCAGACCUGCGUGGCGUAAGACCAACCGGGCCUCUCAGGACACCCUCGAAUACCUAUGCUCCUCCACGACGGCCGCCGCAAUUGUCGGCGCUCAAUUCAAAGCGCAUGCAUUCGUCAAGUACGAUGAGACCCUCCAGAAGAGACCCCAAUGCCCAAUACAAGGCGCAAGAGAAAGCAUACGUACAGCGUAUGAGACAACAGCCUCAAGACUGGUUGGAGAGCGACCCUCGGACGCCCAGCAUUGGCUAUAGCACAGACGAUGAGACUGAUGAUGAAUCCCCAUCCACCGAGCACCCUUUCGAUGAUCCCUAUGACCCUGAAACAUUGAUGUUCUUGGGUAACGAGGACAACCUACAGCCCUCCGAGGAAGAACUACAAAAUCCGCAGAACAGAGAACGUCUGGAGUGGCAUUCAAUGCUGGCUUCAGUACUCAAGGGCGAUGUGGUCAAGCAGGAAAAGCAACGGUUGAUCGGGACGACGGAACAAAAAACAAGGACAGAAAUCGGCUCGGAGAUCUGGAUAGGCGCCCGAGCAAAAUACUAUGGACGGCCGCUCCUGAUGCAGAAGAAGCUUAUCGAAGAGAGUCGAAAGGACCUUGCUCCGGUCAUUGAAAGCAUCAUCGCCUUUGAGAUCAAAGGUGAAACAGUGGUGGGAAAGUCUCCCCUGGAGCAGGUUGAGGAAGCGGUCUCCAAGAUCGAAAAGUGUGAAUGGCUCUAUUCGUCGAGAAGGGAGUUGGAAACCGCUCAGACCCGGGCUGCCUCUGAGGCUUUCCAGGAAAGUUGCGACGCCAUUGUCUCCUGGCACAAUAUCACUCAAUCAAUCAAUACCGAGCUUGCAGUGCUUCAGGCCUGGGUCGGCAACCCAGAACUCGACUUCAGCAAACAGAAACGACGGUCAAGUCACGAUGGCGAACUUUCGGAUGAGUCCUCCUUCGUGGACCGCAUCCUCAAGGAGGAUGGUCUGAAGUCUCUGCAAGGUGAGAAGAGCAUGUUCAAGGGAAUUGGUCAAGUCAUCAACAAAGCCAAGAGCACUCUGAUUGAGAAUGCCGAAGCUUUUGCAGCGCGCCAUCUACCUCCGUACAUCGAAGAACUCUUGACCCUGAUCAAUUUUCCCUCGAGAUUGAUACAGGAAAUCAUCCGCAUGCGUUUAUCUUAUGCCAGGAAGAUGAAGGAGUCGGCUCAGCAGUCCGUGAUGAUCAUCGAUCAGAUGAUCUCGCAAUUUCAGAUCCUGAUGCGCCUUGCUUGUCUGAUCAAGCAGCAGUACCUCGCCAUUUCGCAUCCGCAGCCUGGGUGGGAUUUGCCUCCAUGUAUUGACGAGUCGUUCGACUCGGUGAUCGUGGACGCUCUGAAGUUCUACUUCAAGAUGCUUAACUGGAAACUCGGUGCCAACAAGAACACUUUCCGGGAAGCCGAAAUUCUUGAACAGGAAUGGGGCUUCUCAAACGAAAUAGGUCGCCAACUCGAAGGCGGAGACAUCGAAGUCGCAGAACAAUUCAGCUCUUUGACUGCCAAGUCGUUGCUUCGGCUUACAGCUUCCUUUGAGCGUGAACUACGCUCGAAGCCUGACGAAAGUGCUCUAGAUAUGGAGAAGCGGUACAAGACUAUCCUGGACUCGGUCCGUGUGCGGCAAAGGAAACUGUUUCGGUUUUCACGGAUUCUGCGCCAACGCUUCGAAAAUGCCACCGAGUUCAAUCUGGGCAUGGACGCAGAGCAACUACAAAACUUUUGUGAAUCGUUGACCAUGUCUGACCACAUUCUUCUGGAUGUCGGUCCUAGCAGUCCGAAAGGGGUUUAUUUUCUAGCAUCUCCUUCGCUCUGGGGCAGGCCCAAGGAGAUCCAGUCCAUCUUGGGAACGUCUUUCCAUGCUGACGAUGCGCCGGAAGAUCCUUCCAACCCCUACAUUUUGGUGAUCCAUCCAGAAGAUCCCAUCGUCUGGGAGGGCCAAAGAAUGGACGUCGACGUUCUCGAACUCCCCAACGAUGUCCGACUCGGACGGCUCCGACUCGUGGCUGACGGUUCGUCUCUGCGACUGCAAGGUGCUAGAAUGGAAUUUGCGAACGCUGUUGGCCAUGAUCUAGAUGUUGUCAUCGAACAAAGAGCCAACCUCUCAAGAGUCAACCAGGAAUUGGGCAAGAUCAAGAAGACGACCUUCAAGCUAUCAAAUACCAUCAUGGAAAGCGUCGAGGUGAUUCGAUCCCAAAAUGGUGGCAUUGCAAGCCCUGAACUGGUCCAGUCGUGCUUCGCUUUCGCGACCGAGUUUGGAAAACGCUCCCUCACUUACAUGGACGCCAACCGUCGAAUGAUGAACAACUUGAAGCUGACCAGGUUGGCUUUGGAUUGGAUCAGCUUCAUCUGCGAUGAUUGUGACGCCGCUGACCGAAAAACGUUCAAGUGGGCCGUGGUGGCAUUGGAAUUCGCCAUGGCGAUGACUCGGGGCCGAAAUGUGUUGGAUAUCAGCGAAGAAGACUACAGAAGGAUCCGAGUUAAGGUGGCAGGUUGCAUGUCUGUCCUCAUCUCCCAUUUCGACAUCAUGGGUGCGAGGUCUACGUUGGCAGCACAGCAAGAGAAGUCAAGGAUGGAGGCGCUGUCUGGAAUAAACAAACGGCUUGACUUUAACAAGCUCAGAAACGACGAAGACUGCCGCCAGGAGAUGACGGAGCUGAGAGUGUCACAACUCUGCGCCAUCGACCAAGCUCGCGAAGAACGCGGCACGAAAACGUCGCUCGGCCGUGUUUUGGAAGGAUCAAAUGAGGCAGAUCGAUCCCUCACAUUCCUGUCCUCUUCCGCCACCAACAUCACCAUGAGAUGGCAACAAGGACAGUUCGUUGGCGGCGGCACAUUUGGCUCUGUAUACGCUGCCCUUAACCUCGACACCGGUACCUUGAUGGCCGUCAAGGAGAUUCGAUUGCAAGAUCCCCAGCUCAUUCCUACCAUCGUGAAGCAGAUUGGCGACGAAAUGGGCGUCUUGGCUGUCCUGGAUCAUCCCAACAUUGUGUCGUACUACGGUAUUGAGGUGCAUCGAGACAAAGUCUAUAUCUUCAUGGAGUACUGUUCAGGUGGCUCGGUAGCUGGUCUUCUCGAGCAUGGCCGCAUUGAGGACGAGACUGUGAUUAUGGUCUAUGCCUUGCAAAUGCUUGAGGGGUUGGCGUAUUUGCAUUCAGCUCACAUUGUGCAUCGCGACAUCAAGCCCGAAAACGUACUACUCGACCACAACGGAGUUAUCAAAUAUGUUGACUUUGGAGCGGCCAAGAUCAUCGCCCGACAAGGCCAGACGUUGAUGGCUGCGGAACCGCCAAAACGUAUGGCAGCCGAAGGGCCUCAUAUGGCCAACAACGGACCCGCGGCACGACAGCCGCAGAAAACCAUGACGGGAACUCCCAUGUACAUGUCACCGGAAGUGAUUCGAGGAGAUGGACCGGCGACGUCGCGAUUCUCUGGGGCGGCCGACAUCUGGUCGCUUGGUUGUGUCAUUCUUGAGAUGGCUACAGGUCGUCGACCUUGGUCAACACUCGAUAAUGAGUGGGCGAUCAUGUACAACAUUGCUCAGGGCAACCCGCCUCAACUGCCGACAGAAGACCAGCUCAGCCCAAGCGGCAUUGACUUUUUGAAGAAGUGCUUCGAACGUGACCCCGCCAAGCGAAGUUCGGCGGCCGAACUGCUACAGCAUUCAUGGAUUGUGGAAAUCCGUAAGUUGGUGGUGGAUGAACCGGAUGUCCAGACCCCGAGGAGCGAUUCUAGUGGAGGCGUAUCUCUACCAAGUCGACACAAUUCUAGUGUAAUGUGA